AUGGGUAAUACAGAUUCAAAAUUAAAUAAUAUUUAUAAACAACAUAUCUUUAAAUUGGCCUUUCCGAUAGAAGAUGGCAUUGUCACGGAAAAAAAUAGGAUAGUAAGAAAUACCAUCUUUAAAGAAAAUAUUACAUUGGACGAAUUGAUUAAUUGGUAUGACAACACUUCCUUCAAUCAACCUCCAGCCAUUAAUGAUUCGUUGUUGUUUAAAGAUUUUUAUUUGGAUUUCAUUGCUCCAGGUACUCGAUUAACUUUUGAAUCUUUUAAUAAAAUCAUCAAUUCUUAUGAGUUAAGAAUACUGAUAAAUUCAAAUCCAUUGACGAAAGAAAAUUUCAUUAAUUUGAUUAGAUUUGUUACAUUUAAAAUAAUUUGGACGAUAGCAAAUACAAGCAAUAUUAAUCAAUUGAAUUUAUCAUUGAAAAAUCUUUUAGUUUCAAUUAGAAUUUUAACAAAAAUUUUACCUUUAUAUUAUGAAUUAUUAUCCAAUGAUAAAAGUUAUCAACAACAAACUGAUUUUUUUUGGUCAUUAGAUACUUCAAUUGUAUUUAAUAUCCAAUCUGAUAUUAAACUAUCAAAACCAAUUGGUGAAUUAUUAAUUGAUUCUAUUAUUAAUAAUUUGUUCCUUGAAAAUUUUACGAUUCAAAAAUUAAAUUCAAAUUCUAAACAUUCACUAUGGGAAAAUGGUAUUAAUACAAAUGAAACAACUUAUAACCCACUACUACCGAAAGUAGAUUCAAAUCGUUUAGAGUUUAUAAACUUAUUAUUAACUUUAUUUUCCAAAGAUCUUUAUUCAAAUCAGCCAACCAAUAAUUUUAUUUCUUAUUUCAAUUUAACACAUAAGACAAAUUCUAUCAAUUUAAUAAAUUCCAUGAUUAAUUGUAUAUCAAGGCAUUGUCUUGAUUAUAAAACUGAAAUUGCACAACCUUAUAAAUUUUUCACUUUAAAACAACAUCAACAACAGAAUUUAAUUAAAUUAAGAUCAGAUUUCAUAAUAUCGUCAUUACAAUUUUUAAAUUUAAUUUUAUUUAAUACAUCAUCAAAUAACAAUAAUGAUAAUAAUACAAAUGAUUUAAAAGAGAAUUUUAUCUUGAAUUUUAUUUCAAAUUUGCAAAAAGAAUAUGAUAUGAAAUUAUUAUUAUCUUCAAUUGCUAAAAUUUUUAAAUGGUCAAUUGAUGAAGCUAUAGAAAAGGAAUCUUCUCCAUUUGGUUCAUUUCCAACAACAACUACCACUUCAAAACCACCAUCAACCCCAACUAAUAAUAAUAAUAAUAAUAAUACAAAUAAUUCAAAUAAUUCCAUAAUAUCUUCUGCAACUAUUACCCCUUCAAAGAAUAAUAGAACAAAUAAUAUAUAUUUCAGUUCAAAUUCAAAUUCAAAUUCAAGACCAACCACACCAAGAAGUAAUUCUGCAAAUGACUGUAAAGACAAUAGUUCCACCAAAACUGUAUCCACUAAUACAACUGUACUGACUUUGCCUGAAAUACCAACUAUUUUAAUUCAAAUGAUGAUAUUUUUCAAUAAUUUAAUUGAUUUAAAUACUUGUUUCAAGAAUUAUGUGGCUGAUAAAUAUGCAAAUAAAUUCAUAAUCUUUUCAAUUUAUUAUUUAAAUUAUUAUAAUCAUAUCACUUCUCUAAAAUCAAAUUUAUUUCCAAUUUUAAUUAAUCUAUCCUUAAAUUUAUCAUCCAAAAAUUUGGUUAAAUUAAAAUUAUUGGAUUGCUUUACCACAAAUUAUUAUUUAAAUAAACUACCGAAUUUUUUCAGAUUACCAAAUAUUAAUAUUAAUAAUCUAACUUAUAGAGAUUUUGCCAUCCAACAUUUAUCACAUUAUAUUAUCAAUGAUAUUAAAAAGAAUUCAAAAUUAAGACCUUUUUUAUUUGAAUUAAUUUUUAAUCUUUUACAGGCAAAUAACAAUAAAUCGACAACUGAUGAUGCUUUAAUACAAUUAUCAUCGAUAAAAAAUAAUAAUAAUAAUAAAUUUAAGAAAAAUUUAAAUUCUUUAAGUUAUAAUUCUUCAGUAGCAAUUCUACAUCUUCUAACAAAAAUUUCAAAUAAAAGUUUUUUAAUAACUUAUUCAAAUGAUAAUAUGAUGGAAAGUUCACAAGAUUCAAAUAAUAAUCUACUAAUUAAUAACACUACCAAUAAUAGCGAUAUUAAUGAUAAUAAUCUUAAUUCAAUGAAUGAUGAAAAUACUUAUUGUAAGACUGAUAAAUAUUUGUUAUCACCUGGUUUUAAAUUGAAUCAAUUAGCUUUGUUGUUACGAGGAAUAUUAAAUUAUAUUAUAUUCAAUUUUAAUAAUGCAAAAAAUUUAUUAUUCAUUUUAUGUAGACAUCAAAAAGUACUAGCACAAAUUAGAAAUUCCAUGGAAUUUAUUGAUAAAUUAAUUAAAGAAAACUCAAUUAAGCCUGGUUCAACUACUGCAAGUAAUAAUAACUUGAUAGGUUUAAAAGAUUAUAUUGAUAAUUCAACUAUUAAUAUUGGCUUUUCAAAUAAAAUGACAAGAUUAAAUACUUUAAUCGAAAAUAAUCGAUACAAAUUUUCAUCAGUUCAAUCAAAUUAUAAUAAAAGGAAAUUGGAUACAUUAGAUUUAACAAAUCAAGAAUUAAUUGCCCAAUAUAUUAAAUUGAAUAAUUCAAUUAAUAUAAUUGAAAAAAAUUAUUCAAUUGAAAACGAAAAAAUUCAAGCACAAUCUAAGCCUCAAUCAAAUAAUUCAUCAGGAUCAAUUACUAGGACAAGUGGUAGUUCAUUAACUUCUACAAUACCCACAGCAAUCAAAAAUAUUGAUAAUAUAAAGACAAACACUAUUCCAUCUCCAUCUGUGACACCAACUCCAAAUCCACUCACCAAAACAACUACAAAUACAAGUAUUAAUACAGAUACACAAUCAAUUUCUGAGAUGAAUAAUAUUAAUAAUCCAAUUAUUCCAAGUACACCAAAUAACAAUAGGACAAGUACUGAUAGUAUAGAAAGAAGUGCAUUUCAUGAUUUAUUAAAUAGUACAAACAAAAAAUUUAAUGAUGUUGCAAAUAAUAACAACUAUAUUCAUAAUAGUGCCAAUACCAAUAAUUUCAAUAAUAAUUCUAAUGAAAAUCAUGAAAUUGUAGAAUUCUCGAAUCCAAAUUAUAAUCCAUUUUUGAAAAAUUCAAAUAUCUAUUUUGGAAUUAGAUCUGGAAAUUGGCCAAUUGGAUUAAAUCCAAAAAAGAUUAGUAAGAAAGCUUCCAAGUUGAACCUAAUUGAUAUUUGGCCAGGUUCACAAGAUUUACAAAUCAUAAUAAAAAUUAUUAAAAUUUUCUUACAUCAAUUUCCUGAAAUCUCGACAAUUAAUACAACUGAAUAUUUAAAUUUAAUUGAAAAAUUUCAAUUAUUUAAAGAUAAAUUUUUAAAAUUAAUAGAUAAUGAUUUACCUAGUUAUUUAAGAGAAGGCAAUCAUAAUUUUGCAUCAUACUCAAUUAAGUUUGAUUAUAAAUCCAAAGAUAACUUACCCAAAAUAAAAUCCAAUCUUUUACAAAGAUUAAUGUAUAUUAUUUGUUGGAAAAAUAUAUUUGAUUCACACACUACAAGCUAUAACAUUUCAAAUGAUUUAUUAUUAAGUACUACUAAUGAAUUCUUCAAUUCCAAUAAGGAUUCAACAAAUAAAAAAAUCAUUGGUAAUUUAAAACAAUUUUCAAUAAAUACUCCUGAUCUUUCACCACCUCCAUUUACUUUUAAAAAUGAUGUCAAUCCUGAUACUAUUGUCAACCCUUCAGAUUCAUUGAUUAUUGGGCCAAAAGAUAUGAUUGAUCAAGAUAAAAUUUCAAAUAACAUUAAUGUUGCUGAUACAGUAACAAUAACUACUAAUAACACUAUCCCGCCAGGGAGCUUAGAAAAAUGGUCAUCAUCGGCAACUACAUCUUCGUUGAGUAGAACAAGUAGCAAAGAAAGUGAAAUAUUAAACUAUUUAUCCAAUCAAAAUGAUGUCGUAUUGCCACCUCAAUUUCAAUUCGAUAUUAUUUUACCAAUUGAUACGCCCAUUAUUAAUACUCUAAUCAAUAAUAUCAAUAAUGAUAUUAGCACAAUAAAUAGUAAUGAUUCUAGCACACGUAAUAAGUAUUUAUUGGCUCAGAAAUCUAAUCCAAGUACAAGUAGUUCCAAUUCCUUUUUCAAUUUUUCAUGGGCUGGAUUCCGUAAAGAUGAGAAUUCUGAAACGAGUUCAAUGAAUGCCUCAUCUCCCAUGCGAUCUUCUUUCGAUGAUGAGAACUCAGAUGCAAAGAGGGCUAAUUCUGCCAACAAUAUGUUUGUGUUGGAUCAAGGAUUAAUCAAAUCUAAUAUUUGGGCGGGUACCAAUAUUACAUUAUUCCCAAUUAUAAGAGAGGAGAGAGAGGAAUUCUCUUUACUAGAUAUGACUUCUAACCUGUUAAAGAAAUUGAAAUUUGGUGGAGGUAGCUCUACUAGUGUCAACUCUGUGGAAUCACCUACAGCCACUAAUUCUCCCUUGGUGUCUCAUCCUGCAGGUCUUACAAGAACCCCUUCAAGACCAUGGACUCCAAGAACAAGAGGAAUAGACACCUCUAAGACUAAAGAUACUGACAGUGCACUAUCUACACCAACGUAUAUCCCAAGGCGUUUCUUAUAA